UAGUUACUCUCUAUUUCUGAGUUAGUUUCAGUAUGUGUCGUGUAAUUGCCCUGCUCUCUGAUGUGUGUGCGCUUAGGCUGCUAUGUCUAUGUACGAAGCUGUCAUAUUUUCAUGAUGCAUCUUGGCUAUGCCAGCUUCUGAGCCUCAUUUCAUGUAUUCGAAUCUGUCAUAUUUCCAAGGAUGGAUGCAGCAACGCGUGUGAUGCGUAUUCGGAAAGUUUCAUUUUUUUAUUUUACGAGCCAUCUCUAUUCUUUCUUAAAGUAGCAAAACCUCCAGACGUUCUGAACUCGAUCCAUGGCAUCUUGUACCUUUCGGUCUCCGGACUUGUUAAGGUGGCACGUGCUGAACGAAAGCCUUUGAGAAUUAUGUGAGGGGUUUGGGCAGGUUAGAUCAGCUCAUGCUGUUCCUUUAUUCUCUGCUUUUCUCGUCUUCCAUGGCAGGAUUAAAGUUACUGCUAGAGAAUCUGGGCAAUGGAGGAGCUGGCUACUUCUGGCAUAAUCUUGUGCUCUGUGAUCCUGUCAAUGGUGGAUUGGUGCUCUACGUGUAUUUAAAGAGUUGUGCACACCACUAAUGCUUCACAAUCCCCCCCCUCCUCGUCGACAUCUUGCAUGCUUCUUCACAACCGGUAAAAUUUUCCCCAAGCCCAUACAGUUUACUUCUUGAUCGACGCCAUUUCGUUUGCAAUGCAGUCUACAUGGGUUAACCAUGGCAGAUUGUUACCUUUGAGAUCAUUUUGUUGCUUCAAUGUCUAAGUCAUCUUCUUGCUGCUUCCGAUUCGGAGUCGGCCAUGGUGAAGAUCUGCUGCAUUGGUGCCGGCUACGUCGGCGGCCCGUCCAUGGCCGUGAUGGCACUCAAGUGCCCGGCCAUCGAGGUCACCGUCGUGGACGUCUCCCGGCCGCGCAUCGACGCCUGGAACAGCGACCGCCUCCCGGUGCUGGAACCGGGCCUGGACACCAUCGUCAGGGCCUGCCGCGGCCGCAACCUCUCCUUCAGCGCCGACGUGGACCGCCAUGUCGCCGACGCCGACAUCGUCUUCGUGUCCGUCAACACGCCCACCAAGGCGCGCGGCCUCGGCACCGGCAGGGCGCCCGACCUCGCCUACUGGGAGAGCGCGGCGCGCGUGGUCGCCGCCGCGUCCCGCCCCGGCACGGGCAAGAUCGUCGUCGAGAAGUCCGCCGUCCCCGUCAGGACCGCCGAGGCCAUGGAGAGGAUCCUGCAUGCGCAUGCCGGAGACGGCGCGUUCCAGGUCCUCUCCAACCCGGAGUUCUUCUCCGAGGGCACCGCCGUGCGGGACCUGCUGUGCCCCGACCGCGUGGUCAUCGGCGGCGGGGACACCGACGUGGGCGCCGUGCGCGCGCUGGUGGACGUGUACGCGCACUGGGUCCCCGAGGAUCGGAUCGUCACCACGGGGCUCCAGUCCGCGGAGCUCGCCAAGCUCGCGGCGAGCGCGCUCCUGGCGCAGCGAGUGUCGUCGGUGAACGCGCUCUCCGCGCUGUGCGAGGCCACGGGCGCCGACGUCUCGGACGUCGCGCGCGCCGUCGGCAGCGACGGCCGCGUCGGGGGCGGCGGCAGGGGGUUCCUGGACGCCGGCGUCGGGUUCGGCGGGCCGAGCCUCCGGCGAGACGUGCUGAGCCUGGCGUACGACUGCGAGCGUCACGGCCUGCACGAGGCGGCGGAGUACUGGCGGCAGGUGGUGGCCGUGAACGAGUACCAGAAGGGCCGGUUCGUGCGCCGCUUGGUGGCGUCCAUGCUCGGCACGGUGGCCGGCAAGAAGGUGGCCGUGCUCGGGCUCGCGUUCAAGAAGGGCGUGGGGGAUACGAGGGAGUCGCCGGCGGUGGACGUGUGCCGGGCCCUGCUGGCCGAGGGGGCCCGAGUCAGCGUGUACGACCCGGUGGUGAGCGAGACGCAGAUAAUUCGGCGGGACACGGCGGCGGCGGCGGCGGAGGUGGAGGUGACGAGGGACGCGUACGAGGCUGCCGACGGCGCGCAUGGCCUCUGCGUGCUGACGGAGUGGGACGAGUUCAGGACGCUCGACUACCGCCGGGUGUUCGACGGCAUGAUGAGGCCGGCGUUCGUCUUCGACGGCCGCAACGUCGUCGACGCCGGGGAGCUCAGGGAGAUCGGCUUCGUCGUCUACUCCGUCGGCAAGCCGCUGGACGCCUGGCUCAAUGGCAUGCCGGCGGUGGCGUAGCCGAUCAAUUGAUUUCUGAUGUAUGUACGUAGUACUUCCUAAUAAAAUGUAACCAAGCUCAGGACUUUUCUCU